AUGACAGAAAACCUAAAAGAAAUUCUAAUAAGUAAAAACCAAGAAGUUCCAAUCGCUUCCUCCGGUGAAAUACAAAGUAUUCUCAAAGAGAAAAAGCAAUUAACCACUAUCAAAGGAACUUUAACUUCUCCCAUUCAACUCCGUGGAGAAGAAACCAAAGAACCCUAUUAUUAUUCAUUUAUUAGCUUAAAAGGACAAAGUAUAGAUUUACCAGUCAUUGCUCCAACUCCAAUAAGAAUUUCCGCAAAUCUUUUACCUGUAUUGCUUACCAUCUCUCAAACGAAAAAAGAUAUUGGAAGUGAUUCUGAGCAAGUUAAGGAACUGCAAUUAAACU